AUGUUUAAACUAAGAAGGGAAACAGACCAAUACGCUUUAUAUCUGGACCACAGAAAACUUAUAAACGAGGCCUAUAAAGAGUUCCAAGUCAGGCCAGAACUUUUCCAGUUUGAAACAAAGAAAUCGCAUAAGGAGCUUGGCUCAAAAAAGCGUAAAAGAAAAGCAAACGACGAGGACUCCCUAUCUCAGCCUGAUCCUCAAAUCGUAGAGUACUUGGACCUCUUACCCGAGCCGCCUCCUAUAGGGGAGGCCAAGCCUUUGGCCAAAUGCUGGGAAUGUGCCUACACCCUGCCGCAGCUUCAUGGAGCCAACAAGAGCGGCCGGAUGCAGCGGUUCCAGUACCAGGAGGACGUGUAUCUAAUCCCAGAUAGAGCCUGCUUCUACAACCACAAUGUGGACCAGCUGCUUACCCUUCUACCCCAACUUCUGCCUGCCUACGACCUGAUUGUGAUGGAUCCCCCAUGGAGGAACAAGUAUAUUCGGCGGUUGAAGAAAGCCAAAAAAGAGCUGGGCUAUGCCAUGAUGGACACCGACCAGCUGGCACUUAUGCCGCUAUCCAAACUCAUCCAUCCGCGAUCACUGGUUGCCAUAUGGUGCACCAAUUCUGGUCAACAUCAGACGGCUCUAGAGCAGCAGCUGCUCCCAAGGUGGAAUCUUCGGCUUGUGCACAAGUUGCGAUGGUACAAGCUAAACACUGACCACCAACUGAUUACUUCGCCUCAGGCGGAUCUUACCCAGAAGCAACCCUACGAAAUGUUAUACGUGGCCUGUCAUGUUAAUGCUGCAAUGGAUUAUGGAGGGAAUCUACAAAAAACCCAGCUCCUCAUGAACAUACCCAGCAUAGUUCACUCUCAUAAGCCACCUUUGUUGGACUGGUUGCGGGAGCACAUAGUUCUGGAUGAGGGUCAAAAGGAGCCCAAUUGCCUGGAACUAUUUGCCCGCUAUCUGCAGCCUCAGUUCACUUCAAUCGGAAUGGAGGUACUCAAACUAAUGGACGAACGACUGUACAUUGUCUGAAGAAUCUUAAAAUGCUGAGGCAGUUCCGAUAUUCCGAUCGAGACCGUACAUUAUUAUGAUAUUAUGAUUGAUUAUUAUUAUUAUUAUUAUUGAGUUUUAACAA